AGUACUGAUGUGUAGUACUUGUGUGUAGUAGUAGUAGUAGUAGUAGUACUGAUGUGUAGUACUUGUGUGUUUACUGGCCCAGUAUGAGCCGCGCGUAGAUACUGUGCCAACCCGCUGCUGUGCACAGAAAGACACGCGCCUGUGCGCCUGUGCGCCUGUAGCCUCUCAUUGGGCCAUUGAGCCAGGUACUCUUGACUGACAGGCCACUGGGCCAAUCAAUCGUCACGUCAUCUCUCCGUUGCGUUGUGUCUGCAGCUGAGCACCGUGUUAGACGCCCGCUGUUUAUCUUUGCCUGCGCCUUGUCUCCGUAACCACGGUAACUCUCCCGGCUCAGGCCUGGGAGAGUUACCGUAGUUUUCAAGACAAGGCGCAGCAAAAAUAAUAAUUACAAUUAAAAAAAACGUCCGUCCCUCUGCCGGCCCACCGGGAAAACUCCCAGUCCACCCCUGGGUGUAGUACUCGUGUGUAGUACUGGUGUGUAAUACUGACGAUGAUAAAGUUCGUGUUGAUGGUGAACCGUCAGGGUCAAACCAGACUGUCCAGAUAUUAUGAGCGUGUGGAAGUGACCAGGAGGGCGGCGCUAGAGGCCGACGUGGUUCGCUGCUGCCUGAGCAGAAAGAAGGAGCAGUGUUCGUUUGUGGACCACAGGGACGUGCGUCUGGUCUACCGUCAGUACGCCGCUCUCUACAUCGUGGUCGGCGUCACAGACACUGAGAAUGAGUUGUCCAUCUACGAGCUCAUCCACAACUUUGUUGAGGUCUUGGACAAAUACUUCAGCCGUGUGAGUGAACUGGACGUAUCCUUCAGUGGACGCCACACGACGUCCAUCUGUGUGGUGAUGAGACCAUAUCAUGUUCAACCUGGAGCGCGUUCACGUCAUCCUGGACGAGAUGAUCCAGAACGGACACGUGGUGGAGACCAACAAGAGCCGCGUCCUGGCGCCGCUCCACGCCCUCACCAAGAUGGCCGACGCCUCCUGACUCAGAGAGGAGCUUGGAGAGGAGGAACCACAGGACGUCGUCGUGGUUACGUCAUACUUUGCAAACAUUUUAAUGAGUUUUUUUUCAGCGUACACAUUUGAAAAUAUCUGUUUUCCUCAAACUGUUAAAUAAAGUUUAUAAUAUACAAAGAAAAUACAGGAGAGCGAGCGACGGCGUCGUCUUCUUCAUGUGUCACACACACACACACACACACACA